AUGGCGUCGGGACCCCCCGGCGGCACUGACAGCCUGCUGGAGGGCCACCCUCGCUACUCCAAGAUACGAGACCUGGGCAAAGGCGCCUACGGCGCGGUGGUGCACGCCCGGGACACGGAAACGAUGGAGGACGUAGCGCUCAAAUUUAUCGAGCGGGGACCGCAGAACGUGAACAAGUACGUGGAGCGAGAGAUCCUGAACCACAUGAAGCUACGCCACCCCCACAUCAUCGGGCUGCGCGAGGUCUUCCUAACGGCCAAUCACCUGGUGCUGGCCAUGGAGUUUGCUGCCGGCGGGGACCUGUUCAAGUACGUCUCCAGCCGCAAGUCCCUGGGCGAGCCUGAGGCCCGCUGGUUCUUCCAGCAGCUCAUCGUCGGCAUCGACUACUGCCACCGCAUGGGCGUCGCCAGCCGUGACAUCAAGCUGGAGAACACGCUGCUGGACGGCAGCCCCCGCCCGCUCAUCAAGCUGGCCGACUUUGGGUUCAGCAAGGACGAUCAGCAGUCUGCGCCCACCAGCCGCGUGGGCACCCCCGCCUACCUGGCGCCGGAGGUGAUCGUGAGCAAGCCCGGCACGCACUACGACGGCAAGAAGGCGGACCUCUGGUCCUGUGGCGUGCUCCUCUACAUCCUGGUGACGGGGACCUACCCCUUCCAGCGCGUCAAGGACUCCACCAUGAAGGGGCCCCAGAAGCUGAACGCCAUCCUGAACCGCAUCCUGGCAGUGGACUACAUCUUCCCGGAGCGCAAGCGCCUGUCGCCGGAGUGCAAGGACCUCAUCUCCUCCCUCCUCGUGCUCGACCCCAACGCACGCCCGGACAUUCCGGCCAUCCAGGCACACCCCUGGUACCGCGUGGACCUCAACCCCGCCGCCCUCUCCUUCAACGACACCCUGGUGGCCGACAGCCUGGCCAACGCCACGCCCGACUCGGUGUACGAAGACAUUCGGUCCAUCGUCAGGGAUGCGCAGCAGGUUGUGCGCGGCAAGCCCCAGCACGCAGGCAAGGAGGGGCGGAGGGGGCCUUAUAUUUGA